AAUGUUAGUUGCUCCUUGGAGUGCUUGAGAGGGAGCUGGAUUCCAUUUGUUUACGGACGUAAAUAUGGAAAAGAAAAAGGCGCUCUAUACCGAGAGAGGCUGGACAAGACGCUGUUGUCUGCUUAACUGACUGAUCCGGAGACACUUAAAACCCUCGUCAAGAAUCAGAUUUUACGAUAUGCACAUGAUGAGAAAGAAGAUUUUAGUGAAGAUUUGCUGGAAAAGAGGGCUCGAGAAGUAUCGAAUUUUCUUAACAUGUUAAGGAGUACUUCAAUGGAUGAUUAUCUGGUGCCUAAAUCCAGUGAGACAUCACACGGUGAAUGGAAAUUGCAGCACGACAACGAAGAGUCCCGUGUUAUGUACCGUGAAGGACCUCAUGGCACUCUGUUCCACACGUUACUAGUUGAAGGCUAUGUAAAUGGACCUUUGGAUGUUUGUUUAUGUAUCUCUUGGGAGUCAGCUCUCUAUAAGAAAUGGUGGCCUCAGUCCAGUUUUCCAUCGUUCAAAGUAAAUAGUUCCAUCUGUUUACGAAAGGUCCGAAUUGUCGAACAUAUAUCUUUAGUGAGGUUCGUUUAG